UUAUGGACCGUGGCUGGCUUUCAAGUUAGAGAUAUGAUCUGAGAUUCAAACCAACGAUAUGCAAAACACAUAUUUUGGAUGGGGGAAUGCAGCUGAAGGUUUCAUCAGAUUACACACGGACACACUUCCGAUGAAUGUGGCACAUGACUGGUUUCUUAUUUUCCACAUCUACUAUCCAAGGCGCAGCUGCAGCUGGUUAACAUAUUUGUCUCAACGCGUAAAACUGUCUGUACUUUUAUGAACAAUGAAGCCGUGUCAUUUACCGUCAACAUACCACCGGGAAUCCAGUGGCUUUUCAAGCAAAGCAGACUACAUGACCGACGGCACCGACGUAAUGGACAAACCACCAAGCUCAGAACCGACAUGCGCAAGAACACGCCUGUCCAGGGCGCAGCAGCCUUACGAAGUUUAGUCAGACGUGGAGAAUAUUUAAAUCACGGAAACACCAACAAUGCAUAUCACCUACAAGAAGUUGCUUGGACUGAUUUUGGUCUGUGGACUACUGCUGCUAGCCCUCCUUCAUGCUUGGAGCCCUGGAUCCAGCUCAGAAGUUGACAUACAUCCAAGACAGGGAAGUCAAGUGAAGAAGCUCCUCGAUAAGAAAAUUCAAGACAUCAUCAGUGACUACCCUGACGUUGUCUACCAUAUAAAGGAAGAAGUGGCAUGCCGUUUAGCUCAAAAUACAUGUGUGUGUCUGGCUGACAAGGAGACCUUUCACCUGCCGUUCUCCAAUCUGCUGUUCCCACGUGUGUGGGCCCACAACGUUGGUCUGGCGUUCUUAGACUCCCAUCCUGACCCUGAGGGUGUUAAGCGUGACAGAGAUCAGGAGUAUAGCAGCUUUCAGAGCAGGUCUUACAGCCCUACAGAUCAACUUAUUGUAGCUGAAGCCGGCAGUCCUCUUCAGUAUCCCACCCAGGGUGUGGAGGUGCGACCCCUCAAAACAAUCAUCAUUCCUGGUUUGGGUCUUAAAGAGGAAACAAGAUCAAAUCAUGUGGUAUAUUUCACAGCAACACUGGGGACUUUUGAUGUUGCUGCUACUGUGGACAGGGUUUCUGUAAAAGGAGAGGGAGAACACCACAUGAUACUGUCCAGUCCUUCUCUGUCUGCUCUGAACAGACAGCUGCAGUUUGUCACCUAUACAAACACAGUGUUCCAUCCCAGGACGGCGGACACAGUUCAGUUUGCAACUGAAGGUCACCAGGCAUUUUUCACCAUUAAAAUUGGACAUGGAACCAUCCCGAAUCUUUACUACUCUGGACCCCAAAAAGAGUACAAUAUUAGCGCUCUUGUUACCAUCGCCACCAAGACCUUUCUACGCUAUGACAAGCUCAAAGAUCUCAUCGACAGCAUACGGCAGUAUUAUCCUACCGUUACUAUCGUGAUAGCAGAUGAUAGUGAACACCCUCAGCCAGUGACCGGGCCUCACAUUGAACAUUACAUCAUGCCAUUUGGAAAGGGUUGGUUUGCAGGAAGAAACUUGGCAGUGUCUCAAGUGACCACUAAGUAUGUACUCUGGGCAGAUGAUGAUUUCCUCUUCACUGCAAACACCAAGCUGGAGAAGAUGGUGGACAUUCUAGAGAAGACCACUCUGGAUCUGGUUGGUGGUGCAGUGAGGGAGGUGACAGGUUACACUGCAACAUAUCGACACACCAUUUCAGUGGAAGAAGGGGGAGAGGAAGGUGACUGUUUACAUAUCCGAAAUGGCUACCAUCACGUCAUCCAGGGAUUUCCCAACUGUGUGAUAGCUGAUGCUGUCAUCAAUUUCUUCAUGGGGAGGACAGAUAAGGUGCUGCAGGUGGGCUUCAAUCCCCGCCUGUCAAGGCACGGACAUCUGGAGUUCUUCAUCGACGCUCUGGGCUCCCUCCACAUUGGCUCCUGUAGUGACAUCAUUGUAAGCCAUGCAUCAAAGAUCAAACUACCCUGGAGUCAAACAGACUCACAAAAGUCCUACAACAAAUUCCGUUAUUCAUCUUCCACUAAAGAUCGUAAUGUUCAUAACGAAGUCUUCUAUUUCAAGAACAGGUUCAAAUGCAUGACCAGUCAGUGAAACCUGGGCUCCCACGUGUGUGUGUUAGCUGCUUAAUUUGAGGGGGGAAAUUAUUGUUGUUUUCAGGUACAGUGAAGAAUGCAGAAAAUGUUAACUGCCUUAGCACCUGCUGUUAAAGGGAUGGCAUGGACAUUUUGUUCAGUGAACAGUUUUCAGUUGUUUUAUAUAAACAGAAUAUCUAUUUUCUCUAGCAGACCUAAACCUCCAUAUCCGGUAUUUACCCCCUCGACACACACACAGACAAAUACACAAUAUGCACUCAGAGUAUUGCCUUUUUGUUUGUGUGUUUGUUUUUAAUGCACUGUGUUCUGAAUGUACUGUGUCUGGUAAGUCUUUAUAGAUAGCACUUUAUGACACCAGUCAAUAUUUAACCGUUAGUGACAGAGGCUGCUCUGCUGGAAGCUAUCUGCUUAUCAGGUGCAGUAACAACCCACACACGUGGGAUGGCUUUACUGAUAUUUUUAAUCAAUAAUUCACCAUGACACUAGGCUUAAGUAGUGAUCCAGUGAGUGUUGAAUGUUCAAGUUAUUAUUAUUUUCAAGGUUAUUGUUAAGGUCCAGCAACUCAUGACAAAAUGGAAAAUUUAAGUGUCAAUCAUAGUUGUAACAUCAGUGGUCAUUGCUUUAAUUAGUUUACUAAACAGCAUUAUCGUGCCAAUUUGUAACUAUGUUAGUUUGUUUCGACAAACAAAUGUGUGAAAGUAUUUUUUUUUUUUUAUUUCCUUCAACAGAUCAUAAUUUCUAUGAGCUAUCAAAACCCCUGAGACCAGUGAAACUGGGUGCCCAAAUUCAUUUAAAGCUGUUUAAAUGAAUUUAUUUGAUCUAAAACCUGUUUGUUUAUUUUGAUAUUAUACUUAUUUUCAGAAUAAUAGUUUUUUUAAUGAUUUAUUUUUUUACGUAGAUGUUGUGAAAAUUAAAUAGUAUUAAAUGCUGUAGCCAAAUGUGUGUUUUUCAAACACUGUUCAGGCAUCUACAGCUUCCCAUCCUGAAUUCAUCCCUCUGAAGAAGUGAGCAGCCAAACUCACAGACAGGCUAAACUAGAAAGCACUUACAGAUCCUGCUAGUUUAUUAGAUAAUACUUAUCAUGGUUUGUUACUCAGGGAAUAUUUGAGUUGCUAAAAUCUUUUUGAAUGUAUUGUGACAGUUAUUUCAAAGUGACAAAGUGGUGUGAGCAUGUCUUGCUGUGCAAGUAAACUGAAUGUAAAAGCAGUAAACUUAGUCCUGUUAUGUUACUGUUGAACAGUUUAUGCGGUUGUCAUUUGUACUGUGUGUGUGGAAAAUUAUACCGUGAACCUGAUCAUGCUCUGUCCUGUUAUUAUAUUUGUUGAAGACUAAAAUUGUUUUAUCAUUCACCCCAGUUCUCCAGCUGUAAGCAAGGCAAAGGUGUGUGUUCUCCCUCUUCUUCCUUUCUCGCAUCCCUCUGUGCCUCUCUUUGACCUCAUCCUCUUCUGCCUCUGCUUCCAGGCCUCUGAGCUCUCUCCUCCAUGUGUGUGUGUGUGUGUGUGUGCUUUAUCUUGUGGCCCAUUUUGCCAGUUGUUAGACAGUGUGAUUGAAAAAAUCGAAAUGAAAUAAAAUUUUUUAAAAAAAGUAAAUAGUUUAUCAAAACAAGAUGUGGUUUUCAUAUAUUGAAAACCAUGUAUUUCAUGCACACACACACCUUAUUUUAGCUUGGUAUCUUGUCACCUUUUUUACUACUCUAGAAUUUGUAGGUCUUAUAUUUGUAAAUAAGAUAAGAUACGAUAAGAUGAUCCUUUAUUAGUCCCAUUACUGGGAAGUUUACGAUGUUACAGCAGCAAUCAGGAUAUAGAGGGUGCAAAGCAUGCAAGAAUGAGGGAAGGAUGAGCAUUCAAAAAGAAUAAAUACACAGGAAACAAAUACCUGCAGCUGUACACAGUACAGAAAAGAAAAAGACUAUUUACACUAGUGUCCCUCAAGUUUUGAUUUUGAUAUUUUAAUAAAAUUUCAACCUUUACAGGGAUUGUUUGG